AUGGGAAGAUUGCUGCAAUUAAAAAGUAUGAUAUGCAGCUUAUCAGAAUAGAUGACAAAAUAAAUCUCAGAGCUUUAAGAAUUACAAAGAAUUACAAUUGGUAUCAAAAAGUUUUCACAGCCAUUCACAUUUAAUUAAAUAAAUAAGAACAACUAUUAGUUCCAUUUAUCCUAUAAGUCAUCUCAAAAACAUUUGUUUCCAAAAUCUAUUACAUACCUUAGAGCUGA